CACCCUCCCAUCACCGUCGAGCUCAGCUUUUUUCAGAUACAAUCACUAGCCUAAUUCUUCCCAAAUAAUGCUUAGAGCAAUCCGGGAACUCCUCUUUGAGGGUUCUACAAUGAUCUGUGACAAAAGACUAGUUCGAUUUGAAGGAGACAUGGUCGUCAGCGAGCCUGAAUGGUCUGAGCACUUGCCGGCCCGCUCAACCAACGCUCGCAAUCCGUUCCUUACAACCAAUCAUCUUUCACUCCUGCAUCACUAAAUUCUGAUUAUUU